UGGGUUAGCAUCAGAGAAGAUGGCUGCAGAAGGGAUUUUUCAGGCCACUGGCUGAAAACAGAGCAUCGUUUGUCAUGUUGAGCGACGAGUAGCCAGCGUGUCAGCCCGGUUGUUCCAUAGGUCGGUUCCGCCCGGAUUAUUUGGAGGAAGGGGAUCGAACAACAUGGGGUCGCAGACUCUCCAGAUCCUGAGGCAGGGGGUCUGGGCUUCAGUCACAGGCGGAUGGUACUACGACCCCGAUCAGAACACAUUCGUCAACGCUUUACAUCUCUACAUCUGGCUGUUUCUGCUAUGUUUCCCCUUCACGCUGUACAUGGCCCUGCCUCCCACUAUGGUAAUAGUUGGGAUCUACUGUGGUGUGAUUGCUGCCAUGUUCCUGCUGUUGAAGACGGUGAAUUACCGUCUCCACCAUGCCCUGGAUGAGGGCGAGGUCGUGGAGCACCAGGCCAAGGAGAACCAGAUCCGCAGAGGGGGGACGGAGGGGGCUAAUGACGGCAGCGCCACCCGUCGGGAGGACAGCAACGGCCCGGGGGAUCCUGGAGGGGGUAUAGAAAUGGCAGAUUUUAUCCCACAAGAGACUCCACCAGUGGACUGCAGUUCAAGAAAUUCCUAUAUUGGGAUGGAGUCUAAUCAGAUUGCAUCAGCGCACGGAAGAGCAACGGGUGUCAAAGGAGAUGUGGGAAAGGUCUCAGAUGACAUCAGUUUGACUCUGAUUGAGAGCUGCAGUCAUGAUCAUGAUCUGCUGUCAGAAACAAAGAUGUACUGCCUCGUUCCCAACGAUUCCUUUGCCUCACUGCAGCCAUCCACCUCCUUGUGUCCUUCCGAGCUGUCUAGAGAGGCUGGUGACAUAUGUAACUCUGCAGCUUAUCAAUUCAGCUUGUCACACUCCUCUUGUGACACAGAGGUGACCCCUCAUGCAUCCAUGCAGUCUCAGGCCUUUAGGAAGGAGCUCCGUUCUCGGGGUGUGCCUCGGACCUCGAGCUCGUCGGGCUCUGCUUUUCCCGACCCCUGCCUACCAGACUUUAUUCUAUAUCCUCCACCCAGGAGAGGCGGUCUCGACACAGUGUGUGAGCUCGAGGCUGCAAGACCACACAGGCCAGCACUGUGUGACAGAGAGCAGCUUUACCAGCGGGACCAAGCUGUGCCCUCCACCUCAGGAGAAGAGCGCUGCAGGCACAAAGAAUCGCAUAUAGUGGCCCGCUCUGCCUCCAGAGAGGCGGGGGAAGGCAGCUCAGGGCUCUACCAGGUGGAGGUAGGUGCUGGUAGGAAAGGCUCAGUUGGAGGUGGAAAAUCUCACACAGGAGAGCGAAGUGCUGAUAGCUUGAGGAGCCUGAGUACCCGCAGCAGUGGCUCCACUGAGAGCUACUGCAGUGGGACGGACAGGGAUACCAACAGCACUGUCAGCAGCUUUCACAGUGAACAGACCAGUUCUACGCACGUGGAGAGCCUGCUCUCACUUUCAGGAGAUGAGCACGGACGGGAAAGAGAGGCUCUACCCUCUCCUGCAGACGGCCGGAAUUCUAGCCUCGGCAGUAUUGUCUCUCGAGGUCUCAGCAAUGUUCCCUCUCGGGAGGCCAAUAAAAACCCUCAUGCUAAUGAGCUAACUGCUAACCAGACUGCAGGCUCAACUGCUACUUCUGUAACACAGGAGCAAGUGGAACCUGGCGAAAGCACAGAGGAACCUGGCAUCAGGACAAGCGCAGAUGGCUCGUCGAGUGUAGCUGGGACAGAGCAGAAUAAAGCGAAAGACGAUGGUCAGCUAAAACCCGAAGGCAGUGUUCAGCGGACUUCCUCACUUUCAGCUGGGCGCCGAGGACGGCGGCACGGAGGGAAGAAAAGAGCGAGCAGUUUUGAUGCUAGCCGACGCCGGGACUGCAUGUCCUUGCGUGGAAUGGCUAAACCCUGUAGUGCUGUCUUUACUGGAGGAGGAGAUGACGACUAUAGUGAUAAAAGUGAACUCAGUUGUGCCUCCAGUCUCCACUCCACCAACCAUCUAAGUACAGACAGCUCAUCCAGCACCACCUCCCGCUCCUGCCUCUCACCAGAGGGUCAUUUCAAGAACCUGAAAACCAAGCAUCCUGGUGUCACCUCCUGCUCCUCCACAGUAAAAGAUCCAGGAGGGUCUGAGGUGGAGGUGCGACCCAGAGGGAAGCGCCGUGCUUCCCGCCGUACUCCCAGCACUGGUAGUGCUAAAACGCAUGCCAGAGUGUUGAGUCUGGACAGCGGCACCGCCGCUUGCCUUAAUGAUCCCAACCGCUUAGGAGCUCCGCCUGGGCCCCGGCCCCUCACCACCUCCAAGUCGGAUUUGGAAGCCAAAGAAGGGGAAGUCCUUGAUGCUGCAUCUCUGCUGGGUCGGGCCUCCCAGCUGGAAUCAGUGACCCGCUCCAGGAACAGCCUGCCCAACCAGACAGCUUUUAGUGAGCCUCAGGAUGCGACUGCAGCUUCACUUCGAGCACCAGGAAGUGAGGAGACGGUCAUAUUCCGUCGGGAACGUAGCACGUUUCGUCGGCAGGCCGUGAGACGGCGGCACAACGCAGGAAGUAACCCCACCCCUCCCACCUCGCUCAUUGGAUCUCCUCUCAGUCUUCAGGAGGCUCUCAGCCAGGCCUCCCAGCCUUCUUCCUCUCUGGUGAAAACUCAGCCAUCCAGAACCCCUUCGCAGGUGACAGUGCUGAGUGCAAGCGUCUCCCUGCUGGCCAGGAAUGGAAGCGCACACCUGGAGGGUUCUCAGGACAAGGCCUCCACUGUGGGCGCCACCAGCUUACAAGAUGACUUUGGAAAGCUCACUCCCUCCUUGUAUGAGGCCGGCGGAUGUGACAUGUCCCUGGUCAAUUUUGAACCUGCAACCAGACGAGCCUCCAAUAACCUGUGGGAUACCGACUCCCACCUCUCCAGUUCUACCUCAGUUCGUUUCUACCCUCAUGACCUGAUCCGUCUAAACCACCUGCUGACCAUGGACCCAGAGCUACUGGAGCAGCAAGACGGAGACUUGAGCCCGGAGCUGCAGGAUGCACCGUUGGGACAAGAGAACGCUGCAGCCUCUGCUCCUGCUGGCAAAGCCAAGCAGUAUUACCGCCUGUGGCUUCUCCCUUACUUGUGGGUCGGCCUGCAUUUUGACCGGCUUACCCUGCUGGCACUGUUCGACAGGAACCGUGAGGUCUUGGAAAAUGUGUUGUCCAUGGUCCUGGCCAUCCUUGUGGCCUUCCUGGGCUCCGUGCUGCUCGUCCACGGGUUCUUCACCGACAUCUGGGUCUUUCAGUUCUGCCUUGUCAUCGCAAGUUGCCAGUAUUCCCUACUGAAGAGUGUUCAGCCAGACUCGUCCUCUCCUCGACAUGGUCAUAAUCGUAUCAUAGCGUACAGCCGACCUGUCUACUUCUGCCUCUGCUGCGGCCUCAUUUGGCUGCUGCACUACGGCAGCCUGAAAAUCUCCUCAUCUCGCUUCACCCUGUAUGGAGUCGCCCUCACCAGCUCACUACUGCUGGCAUCUGCCAGAGACCUUGUCAUAGUCUUUACUCUGUGCUUUCCUAUCGUGUUCUUUGUGGGGCUGCUGCCACAAGUCAACACAUUCGUCAUGUACCUCUUCGAGCAGCUGGACAUCCAUGUGUUUGGCGGCAACGCUUGCACAAGUCUCCUGUCAGCGCUGUACAGCGUCCUGCGCAGCAUUGUCACUGUCUCUUUGCUCUAUGGUUUCUGCUAUGGAGCUCUUAAGGAGACCUGGGAGCCGCACCACAUCCCGGUGUUGUUUUCUGUGUUCUGUGGCCUCUUGGUGGCAGUAUCUUACCACCUAAGCCGGCAAAGCAGUGAUCCCUCGGUCCUCAUCUCGCUGAUACAGUCCAAGAUUUUACCAAAUUUAAAGGAGAAGAACCCAGAGGACCCCCUUUCUGAGGUGCAGGACCCCUUGCCAGACAAGCUGAGGGCCUCAGUGAAUGAGCGCCUGCAGUCGGACCUGAUUGUCUGUGUGGUCAUUGCUGUCCUUUACUUUGCCAUACAUGUCAGCACAGUGUUCAUAGCCCUACAGCCUUUCCUCAGUUAUGUUCUGUACACUCUGCUGGGGACGGUGGGAUUACUCACCCACUACCUGCUCCCACAAGUUCGCAAACAGCUGCCCUGGUACUGCUUCUCUCACCCGUUGCUCAAAACAAAAGAGUACUACCAGUUUGAAGUCAGAGAUGCGGCUCAUGUUAUGUGGUUUGAGAAGCUUCAUGUGUGGCUGCUGUUUGUUGAAAAGAACGUUCUCUAUCCUCUCGUCAUUCUCAACGAGCUGAGCCGCAGCGCCAGGGAACUUGCCAGUCCAAAGAAACUUGACACAGAGGUUGGCGCGCUGAUGAUCACAAUAGCCGGCCUAAAGAUGCUUCGUUCCUGCUACAGCAGUCCCACCUACCAGUAUGUGACCAUCCUCUUCACCGUCCUCUUUUUCACCUUCGACUACCGCCAUCUGUCCGAGACGCUGCUGCUGGACCUCUUCAUUAUGUCCAUUGUUUUCAGCAAGUUGUGGGAGCUGUUUUACAAGCUGCACUUUGUUUACACCUAUAUUGCUCCAUGGCAGAUCACAUGGGGCUCAGCCUUCCAUGCCUUUGCUCAACCCUUCGCUGUGCCUCAUUCCGCCAUGCUGUUUGUCCAGGCUGCAGUAUCCGCAGUCUUCUCUACUCCCCUCAACCCCUUCCUCGGCAGCGCAAUCUUCAUCACCUCCUAUGUCCGACCCGUCAAAUUCUGGGAGAGAGACUACAACACCAAGAGAGUUGAUCACUCGAACACUCGGCUAGCCUCUCAGCUUGACAGAAAUCCAGGCUCUGAUGACAACAACUUGAACUCCAUCUUCUACGAGCACCUCACCCGCUCCCUGCAGCACAGCCUGUGUGGAGACCUCCUCCUGGGCCGCUGGGGAAACUUUAGCACCGGGGAUUGCUUCAUUCUAGCGUCUGACUAUCUGAACGCUCUGGUGCAUCUCAUUGAGAUCGGCAAUGGCCUGGUCACCUUUCAGCUCAGAGGGCUGGAGUUCAGAGGAACCUACUGCCAGCAGAGGGAAGUGGAGGCCAUCACUGAAGGAGUCGAGGAAGAUGAGGGCUGCUGCUGCUGCGAGCCAGGACAUCUCCCUCACAUCCUGUCCUUCAAUGCUGCCUUCGGUCAGCACUGGCUGGCCUGGGAGGUGCUGGUUACCAAAUAUGUUCUGGAGGGUUACAGUAUCACCGACAACAGCGCCGCCUCUAUGCUGCAGGUGUUUGACCUGAGGCGCAUCCUCACCACUUACUACGUCAAGGGUAUCAUCUACUACGUGAUCUCUUCACCCAAGCUCGAAGAGUGGCUGGCCAACGAGACCAUGAAAGAGGGCCUGCGAGGAUGUGGAGAGAGGAACUACGUGGACCUGGAUCCCACCUUCAAUCCAAACAUCGAUGAGGAUUAUGAUCACCGGCUCGCAGGCAUCUCCAGAGACAGUUUUUGUGGCAUCUACCUGGGUUGGAUCCAGUACUGUAACUCUCAAAGGGCUAAGCCACUAAACAGCGAUAAAGACUCGCCUCUUGUGAUGCUCUGCUUCGGCCUGUGCGUGCUGGGAAGGAGAGCACUGGGAACCGCAGCUCAUCACAUGUCCAGCAAUCUGGAGUCUUUCCUUUAUGGACUGCAUGCAUUAUUUAAAGGAGACUUCCGCAUCUCCUCAGUGCGAGACGAGUGGAUCUUUGCAGACAUGGAACUGCUCAGAAAAGUUGUGGUGCCUGGAAUCCGAAUGUCUCUUAAAUUACACCAGGACCACUUCACGUCCCCUGAUGAAUAUGAUGAGCCGGCCAUUCUUUACGAGGCGAUCUCCUCACACCAGCAGAACCUGGUCAUCGCUCACGAGGGCGACCCGGGCUGGAGGAGCGCUGUGCUGUCCAAUGCCCCUUCACUCCUCGCCCUGCGCCACGUGCUGGACGAAGGCACGAACGAGUACAAGAUCAUCAUGCUCAAUCGCCGAUACCUCAGCUUCCGCGUCAUCAAGGUGAAUAAAGAAUGUGUCAGAGGCCUCUGGGCUGGGCAGCAACAGGAGCUGGUGUUCCUGAGAAAUAGAAAUCCUGAGCGUGGGAGCAUCCAGAACGCCAAGCAGGCCCUGCGUAACAUGAUCAAUUCUUCCUGUGACCAGCCCAUUGGGUAUCCGAUCUACGUGUCUCCGCUGACCACCUCCUACUGCAACACACAUCCACAGCUCGGACACAUCCUGGGAGGGCCCAUCAGCAUCGCCAACAUCUGCAACAUUGUUGUCAGCACCUGGCAUAGGUUAAGGAAAGGCUGUGGUGCAGGUUGCAACAGUGGAGGGAAUAUUGAGGAUUCGGAUGCAGGGGGUCUGUCGUGCGGCAGUGGGAAUGGGACAGGCGGAGAUUCUCACCAGAGCUCAAUGUCGCACGGUGGAACCACUGGACCUGCUCCUCCUCACUCAUACCAGCCCCAUUCUCUAGGCACCAGCCAGAGCGCUCAGUCUGUUCAGUCCGGUUUGGUGCGUCAGUCCCCGGCCCGUGCCUCUAUGGCCAGCCAGUCUUCAUCAUUCCGCUAUAGCAGCAGCCGCCAUUCAUCCCUGCGCACCUCCACUACAGGCUUGGAGCCCUGCCGCCGCUCCUCCACCAGCCAGCUGUCCCUGCGCACGCUCCCCACAUCCCUGCAGCUCCGGUUGGGCUCCACGUCUGACCCUGCUGGCCCCUCGUCCUCCCUCUCCAGCCACAGCAUCCCUCCUUGCAAACGCCACACUUUAGUGGGCCUCCUGGGAAACGACGGUGUCUGCAGCACCGUGACAGAUCCCCUUAGCCAGCUUCAUAACCAUCAUCACCAUCCACAGCAGCACAACCCCACCGUCUCCACGGUACGGAGAGAUGACAUCUCGUACAGAGUGCAGCUAGUGGAUGUGACUCAGGUGCUCGAGAACAUCAACCUGCCGAAACGGAAGGAGCUACUGUGGCCUGACGAGACCAUGAGACUGAGGGCAGGACGGACCUGCUGGAGGGACUGGAGCCCUGUUGAGGGCAUGGAAGGUCAUGUGAUUCACCGGUGGGUGCCUUGUAGCCGAGACCCAGCCAGUCGCUCCCAUAUCAACAAGACCAUCCUGCUGGUACAGGUGGAAGAUAAGCUAGUGCCCAUUAUUGAUACUGGGGUCAUUGAGUUGGGUGCUGAGGUUUGAGACUAUAUAGCGAGCACACACAACUGCACACAUGACCAGCUGCUUGUGUGGAGACAGCCAGACGCAACCCACUGGCUUUCACCAGAGCUCAAGAUCCUACACACAAGGGAACUGGGAGCUUCCCCCUCGCUCCCAUUCCUUAGCGCUGAGGGGGGAAAGGAAGCCAGGGAAAAGUGCAAGCACGGGCAGAGUCUACUUUUAUCGAACAUUAUUUACCGCAUCCACAGUAUCUGCCUUGCGUUGCAUUUCAGAAAUGCUGCAUGAUGGUAAACAACCCUUACGUUAAGUUAUUCUUUGCUACUGUUAAUUCAUUUCUAUGCAUUACAUCCACAGUUUUCUUAGAUUUUUCGGCAGAGUGUAAGGCAUGUGAGAUUUUUUUUCCUAAUGUUUUGUAAAUCCUUUAAUAUUUUUGCCAAAUGAUUCUGUUCAUUAUUUGCCAUGGUUUUUUGUUUUUUUUUUUACAAGUAAAAGCUUUCCUGUACUUUGUUUUGGCUGCCAAGACUGCAGAGAAAGUUAUCAUGCAGGACGGAGACAGGUGAGGGACUCAAGAAAGCUGUCCCCCCAACCAGCUCUGUUUGAUUGUUGUCAUUCCUUUUUGUGGAUUAGUUUGAAUUUUGCAAGAUUAAGCUGCGCAAAGAAAGAAAGAAAGAAACUUGCACUAUUUUUUUUAAGUGAUGCACUACAAUCUUUAGAUCACCUUUUAUUUAUUACAGACUCUGAAUGACCAUGGUUACUGAUGCCUUGGGGAAUGACAAAAUGCAAUCAUUAUUCUGUUUUCAGACAUUUUUAUUUCAAUUUUGUUUUGGUUUGAUAAACUUGAAAAUAACUUUUUACUGUAUAUGAAUUAAUCUAUACAUAUAUAUAUAUUUACACAAAUAUAUAUAAUGUCUAUAUAUGAAAGAUUUUGUUUUGAAUAUUUAUUACUGUGAAACAUAGUAUUUACACUUUGUUCGAUCUCUUUUUUUUCCUUUUGGGACAAAGCUUAUGUAUUAAGGACCAUCGGUUGAAAACAAGAUGCCGCUUUUUUGAUGGACUGUUUCACUAUUUAACUGAAUUCUUUUCUAUAUGGAGAAAUAAAAAAAGGUUUGAUUUAA